AUGAUAAUUCAUCCUGGUAACUAUGUGGACACGAACGGAAGGUGUUACCAUCCAUAUUUGACGUAUUGGUUGGACAAUAUCGCUACAAGCUCAUUAACUGGAUUUGCAAAGGUGUUAAGCGAGGCCUUCUCUAAAGAACCCCCAGUAUACGCUGCAUCUCCUAUAGGUUUGCCAGAAGUGUUAUCGGGAUCCAAUCAACAUCAAGCAGCCAGACCUCAGCCACCACCUCUGCCGCCAAACCCAACGCAUCAUGAUCGACCAGUACAAGCAGGAUUAGAGAGUGGACCAUUUCGACCUCCUCCACCCCUUCCUCCUCUGGCGGCAACGACCGGACACAAUCGUACGCAAUCCCCGGGGUAUCAACCACCAAAUACUAUUCAAUCUCCGAGACAACAACAAGACUAUCGUUCUAAUAGUUAUUCAAGUUUCCAAAGCCCGGUGUCACAAACUGCCCAGUCUCCAUUACCUCCACCGCCACCACCGCCACCACCACCUCCAACCUCGAACCAGUAUCAAUAUCAGUACCAACAAAUACAAACACAACAGCAUCCAUUUCAGCAUCAACAAGUGCUUCAGCAUGGCCCUCAAGUAGGCCCCUCGCACCUGGCAUCCCAAUCUUAUAACUCUGCAUUCCAUCAGGGGAGGGCUUCACCCUACAGUUCUCCUCCACCGCCAGUGCAUAAAACAGAAGUUAAGCAGGUACUGGACAUCAUGGACUCUGCAAUUGACUCACCAGGCACGCCAUCUCUGGCAUCAAACUCUGCAAACUCUCAGGCUUCAUCAGUUCCUGUGCCCGUCAAACCACCAAAUCCCGAAAAGCUAGCAGCACUGCAGCAUCUCAGUGAUCAGCUUAAUUCUGUUGUCGACACAAUCCUCAAACCCGAAAUUGACACUGAUGAGCAAGCCAUAUUUCAGACGAAAGAACUAUUAAACUGGUUUGAUAAUGCUGUCACAAAUGAGAAACGUGGUUUAGAACACAUUAUAUCUGCAUCGAAACAGAAUAUGCCCGUGCUGCGCGAACGUAUCGAACAGGCCAAACGAGUAAUUCAAGAAGCCAAAUCCCGACCUGAUCCUAAAAUUGAUGAUAUUUUAUGUGCCGAAAACAUCGUGUUUAACCAGCUAUACGAUGUUGUUUGCGACGACCUCGCUAUUGAGGACACUCUCUACGUUCUCGACAAAGCCCUCGACAACGGGCGCGUCAAAUUAGAUACCUAUCUAAAGCAUAUCCGUUCUCUCGCACGCGAGCAGUUUAUGAAAAGAGCUCUCUCCAACAAGAUAGGCUCAGUCGCCCAGCUCUCUGGUGCGUAA